AUGCCGGCCUUGUCCCCCUUGCGUACCGCCCAACGUUCUCUUUACAUAUGCCAGAGCUGUCGCCAGCAUCUGCGCGCCCGCCCGGCCUCGUCCCCGCUGUUUUCCCCGGCUCAGAAAAGACGGAUCUCCAAAGGCCAUGUUCGAAAGAUCCAAGAGGCGGAGAGAGAAUGGCGGACGAGGGCUGAACAUAUCGAGGCAGGAAAGAUAAAGCCUAUGCUGGAGGUGCUCGAGGAAAGGGGUUACAUCAAUCAAACCGUCGGCUCGAGGCAGGAUCUGGAACACUUACUGACUCAUCGUCGGGUCGGUGUGUAUGCUGGUAUAGACCCCACCGCGCCAUCUAUGCAUGUCGGCCAUAUGAUACCAUUCAUGGUGUUGGCCUGGUUCUAUGUCCAUGGCUAUUCUACGCACUUUGUGUUGGGAGGCUUCACGGCCAGUAUCGGCGAUCCUACAGGGCGAUUGACCGGCCGCGAGCUGCAAGCCCCGUCCACUCGAAAAGCGAAUAUGGCAUCGAUGCACGCCCAGCUCAAAAGACUCGGUGCUUCGAUUGAGAAUUAUGCCGGUCGACGGGGCUACGUGAAGGAAUGGGCCUGGCACCGGUCUUUGGACAACAACGUCGCCUGGUGGACCAAGACUUCUGCAAGAGAUUUUCUAUCGGUUCUAGGCCGACAGGUUCGCAUAGGCCCAAUGCUGGGCAGAGACACGGUCAAGAACAGAAUGGAGAAGGGCGACGGAAUGUCUUUCGCCGAAUUCAGUUACCCUCUUGUCCAGGCGUGGGAUUGGUGGCACCUGUUUCAACGGGGCGUCCAAAUACAGAUCGGCGGAGCAGACCAAUUUGGCAACAUCCUUGCUGGGGCCGAAGCGGUCAAGCAGAUGGCCAAGGAGUCUCACGAGUAUCAACAGUCGCUGCGGCAGGUCCAGCUGGUCGACGAAGAGAAUGGAAUCAAAGUCACUUCGGACCCGAUGGGUUUCACUGUUCCGCUGUUAACUACGGCUUCUGGUGAAAAGUUUGGGAAGAGUGCUGGAAAUGCGGUCUGGCUGGAUCCAGAGCUGACCAGUAUUUUUGACCUUUAUCAGUUCUUCCUGCGCACCGCCGACACCGACGUCGAAAAGUACUUGAAGUUAUUCACAUUUUUGCCUUUGGCCGAGAUCCGCGCACUGGUACAGGAACACGAAAAGGACCAGUCUAAGCGUGUCGCCCAGCAUAAGCUGGCCAAAGAGUUUGUCGAACUCAUCUAUGGGCAUGAGGCUGCUGCCAAUGCCGAAGCCGAACACCGACAGUUGUUCAACAAAAAGCUCACCCUGGGUGAUGUUGCCGCAAGUAUGGCCGAAGCAAGAUCAGCUCAGCUUGGCCAUCCGGGGCAGCCGAGUUUCAUCAACCCGUCCUUGAACAAAUACGCGCAGCCGCUGCGCCGGGAGGACAAUGCCGCGGUCCACGUCAAGUUGCCCAGGAGCCUGGUGAUUGGGAAGCCUCUCAGCCAUGUUCUCUGGGCGGUUGGGCUGGUGGGAUCUCGAACUGAAGGACAACGACUCAUCAAUGCUGGAGGAGCGUAUAUCGGAGCCAAUGCUGAUGCGAGGGGUGGGAUGGAUGACGCGCUCAGCUUCACACCUGCUAAGACGGCGGCGUGGGAAGAACUCUCGAAGUUCAUCCUCGACGAAAAAGUCCUCGUCCUACGUGUGGGGAAAUGGCGGCUGAAGAUCGUCGACAUUAUCCCCGACGAAGAUUACGAAGCCUCAGGUUUGACUUGUCAAGCCUGGGAGGCGCUGAAAGAAGCUCGAGCCGCAGAACAAACCAGCGAAGCCGCCGAGCAGACGGCGACAUGA